UGCCUGACGUAUUUAGGGAGAACACUGGUGUCAGCAGCAUGAAGCUCAGUUUCAGUGGUCUGCGUGCCCUGGUGACAGGGGCAGGGAAAGGGAUUGGGCGGGACACUGUGAAGGCCCUUCAUGCCUCAGGAGCCAAAGUGGUGGCUGUGACACGUACCAACGCUGAUCUGGUCAGCCUCGCCAGAGAGUGCCCUGGGAUAGAGUCCAUAUGUGUGGAUCUGGGUGACUGGGAGGCCACAGAGCAGGCACUUGGUGGUGUGGGCCCUGUGGACCUGCUGGUAAACAAUGCCGCGGUGGUACUGACGCAGCCCUUCCUGGACAUUACCAAGGAGUCUUUUGACAGGUCCUUCAAUGUGAAUCUGCGCUCCGUGUUGCAGGUGUCCCAGAUUGUAGUCAGGGGCAUGAUUAAUCGUGGAGUGCCUGGAUCCAUUGUCAAUGUCUCCAGCAUGGUGGCCCAUGUCACCUUUCCCGAACUGACCACCUACACACUGUCUCCCACAGGCUCCACCAAGGGUGCAAUGACUAUGCUGACCAAAGCCAUGGCCAUGGAACUGGGGCCACACAAGAUCCGGGUAAAUUCCGUAAACCCCACUGUGGUGCUGACUGACAUGGGCAAGAAAGUCUCUGCAGACCCUGAGUUGGCCCGGAAGCUGAAGGAGCGCCACCCGCUGAGAAAGUUCGCAGAGGUGGAGGACGUGGUCAACAGCAUCCUCUUCCUGCUCAGUGACAGCAGUGCCUCUACCAGUGGCUCUGGCAUCUUGGUGGACGCUGGUUACUUGGCCUCUUAGACUGCUUGACCUGGUGGAGCUCUGGGAGGCCUACCUGGCCUACUUCCUGUUGUGUCACCUCCCACAGCCUCACCCUUCACCAGGCUCAAGGUCCCAUCUACAGCCCUGCCCCAAGCAGCUCUCCUCUCUUCAGGUCCUCCCCCACACCCAUGUCCAGCACCCAGCUCACACUCUGCCCCCAAGCAUCUCCGAGGGCUUCAGGCCCUCAGAUCCCAUGCCUCCUUGUUCCUUGUACUGGGUUGGUUUGCUUAAAUAAAUGGAAUACCAUGUUCUGGAA